AUGCACCGCGUCGCCAUCACGUCCCUCGCUGUCGCAGCAGCAGGCACAGCAUACAUAGCCUACGAAGCGCGCCGCCUCGCGCACCUAUACCCGAUCCAAGGCCCGCGGCCAUACCACAGCACCCCCGCCGUGCUGGGGCGUACCAAGCUGCCGCCAACCCUCGAGGGCAACAUCGACCCGCACAUAAACGACUACGUGUACGCCACUAUUCCCCUACCACCGGCGGCAGGGACCAUCGCGGCCAACGCGACCGACGCCUGGGUGCGCGCCUUCUACCAAACAUGGACAUUACGCCUCGAAGCCGUCGUCGGCGGCCGGAGCGACUUCAUCAAGACCCACUGCGCCGAGCUGCGCCAGACCAGUCCAGAACGCCUCGACGCGACCUCCGCCUUCGGCGAGGGCCGCGCCGUCGUCGACCGCCCCGCGCCGCCCGCGAUCGCGGCCGGCCUCUUCCCCGUGCUUGAACGCGCCCCCAACCUCGUCGUAUACUUCCGUAUCCCGAGCGGCGGCUUUCUCCUAGGUGGCACGCAGGAGCUUGCGGCUGUGCCGGUCGACGGGGGGCUGGAGCUGUCGUACGGGUGCACGAUCGCGCCGAACCCCCACCGCGCGAUGCCGGGGUGGGUGUACGCCGGGCAUUUGUUCUACAUGCGGUUUUUGGUGGACCGGGGCGCGCGGCGGCUUGAGCGGUGGAUCGCGGAGGACGCGCGGGGGCGAGCCUAG